UGUCCAUAUUGGGACUCCGUCUCGGCACCAGCCUUGCUUUGUGUCACUUACAAGGCGCUAGCAUUAGCACCCCGACCACAAAAAUCACAGCUGUAAUGGUGGUGGAGGAGAAGCAAGUUGUUUUGCCGACGUGGGAUUGAGCACAACCAGUCGAUAAAGUGGUAUCGUUAGGUGGAACGAAUUUUUGAAAAAGAAGGUUUCCGGUGUUUUAUGACACUGCUCCAUUCUGUCUGGACUGGGAGCUACCGCCCCCAAGCCCCCACGGACACCGAGGCAGUGGUCUGCAUAUGCCAUGACUUUGUGAGACUUGGAGGGGACCGUGAUGAUGGAGUUGGAUAUCGACCAAUCUCACCUGCCUAGAGUACAGGAAGCACACUCUGAAUCAGCAGCAGUUGCCUCAUCAGUCAGACACACUACCACUGAGUCAGGAGCUAAAGAGUUGUGUCAGGGCUUUGCUGUUCUGGAGGACGGAGCUUUGGCCUAUAAUCUACAGGAGCAGGAGAUUGAGCAGUUCUACAGCUCCAACGUCCAGAAGAGCCAGCUGGUGCAGAAUGACAUCCGCAUGGCCAAACAGCUGCAGGACGAGGAGGAGCUGCGAGCCAAUAGGAUCGCACGGCAGAUAGAGGAGCGGGACUCGGAGUACGCCCGCAUGAUUCAGGAGGAGCUCCAGAGAUGUGCAGAGGAUGCUCGGAGGCGGGAGGAAGAGGACGAGGAAAUGGCCAAACGCUUACAGGAAGAGGAGGAGAUGGAUAGCAGGAGACAGAGGCUUGACAGCGGUUGCCAUGGAGACGUCAAUGACAUUUUUCUGAGAGAAGAGCGUGCCAGUGUACCCGAGCGGUCUCGUCCGCGCCGGCCUGUUCGCCCCCGCCCCAGCCCCAGCCCCAGCCCUGACUCCAGCGUCAGUGAGGGAGAAACUCGGCUCCCUUCUGCCACCAGGGGGCGCUCGCACGGGUCUCACACUGACUCUGACUCCGCGGAUCCCCCCUCUGAACCCUCAAGCCCGGUCCUCCAGAACAACAGCGCCCCCCAGCAUGGUUCCAGACAGACCGAUGCCCUGAGACUAAUCCGAAACCUUCUUCAGGAGUCUUUAGGUCCUUCCUAUAAUGUUGAAGAUGAGGUAUUCCUCAGCGCCCCUUCCCUGCCAGCCCACAGGCUGCAGAAACGACUCAACACUGCCCCCUCUGGUCACCAGGGGCUUGACCGCCACACUCAGGGAGGGAACCGCCACAGUAUCUCCAGUAGUGUUAGAGAGGGGGAAAGAGUGGGGGAGGGCUGGGAAGAGAGGGAGAGGGUGGUGGCAUCAAGGAGGAAUGGGAACAGGGUUGAGAGGUGGCAUAGCAACAGCUACCAUGGAGAUCGGAGGUGGGAGGAGGAAGACUAUCAUAGCCGUGACGCAAGGUCUCAAGACCGGGUCUACAGUCGGACUUACACGGAGGGCGGACAGUCCAGGCGUCGGCAUGUCCACUUCCAAGACGACAGGAGGCGCUACAGCAGUUACCAUGGUGACAGCCGGAGUGGAACUUCUCCAGGGAGCAGCUACCAGAACAAUUUUUCAGAUAGGGGAGUGGCAGCAAGGCGCAGUUGCUAUGGUGAUUUCAGGCAGGCUCCACAAAGGGGCAGCCAAGGUAACCGCGAUGCGCAGACAGUUGGAUCAGGCAGUAGCCGUCAUCACCUGAGUGAUGUGUUGCUAAGGAACGUGCCCGUGAGGCGUAGUUCCCAUGGAGACUUCAGCGACAGGAGGAGGGAUUCGGGCAGAGAUGGCCGUAGGGCAUAUGGUAACCAGAACACGCAGAGCGGGCACAGGGCAAGCUACCGGGAAAACCCAAAUAUCCGAGAAGACCGGGUUUCCCAUCGGGGUGAUUACAGAAACGGCCGGUCCAGCCAAGACCGCAGAGACCAGGGGGAGUGGGAGGGAGGUAGCCAUGGAAACAGGAGGGGCAGAGAGGAAGAAGGCAGGGCUGACAGGGAUCACCACGGCGAUCGCAGAGUGAGGCGGAGUGUGAGCGAGCGCUUGCGGGCUUCCGAGGAGCCCGAGUCGAGCUCGGAGGAGGAGGGGAGGUGGAGGGUUGAGAGGAGACGGAGCGAAGGGGGACAGAGGGAGGAGAGGCCUCAGGGCGAAAGAGUCCACCGCUCCAUCAGCUUCUCCGGCAGGACGCCACCCCCCGCGGCAGGACACAGGGGUACAGGGGUGACCCCUCGACGGGACGGGGCGAGUCUGGAGCUGAGCGAGCUGGGGCAGGUGCUGCAGGACGAGGAGCUGGCCCGCAAGCUGCAGGAGGAAGAGGAGCGGCUUCUGAGGAAGAGUCCACCGGCCCCCCGAGACCCACAGGCCUCCAGCCCCAGGGGGGAUUUCAGAGCUGCGCAGGUGGCCCAGGAUGAGGAGAUUGCUCGCUUCAUGCAGCGCAGUGAAAAGAAGGCCCAGCGGCGGUCAUGUGACCUUGAAGGUCAAGGGUCGCGGCGGGAUCAGAGAGACCCAGACAACGGCCAAGAGAGAUCUGCUCGGGAGACAACGAUGGAGCUGCCCCAGGGGCCCCGGCAGAGACUGGACUCACAAGGGCUGAACUCUCCAACUGAGGACCUGUCCCCAGACUGCCAGCCCCCCAGCCCAAACUGUGUUGCAUCGCAGCUGCAGGCGGUGAGAAACAUUGCAGAGGAACUGGACCCCACUUUCAAGGCCAAGCGGAGGGACAGCAACCCUGCGGGACAGAGCUCCUCUGGUCUCUCGACCAGUCCCUCUUCUCCCUCCGGUCUCCAUGACCACCCUCAGGAGCCCACCUUUGUCCCGCCCACCAAGCGGCAAAGUGACAAAUCGUCUCGCCCCAAAGCCAAAGAGAAGAAGGAGAGCUGCAAGCAGCAGUGACCCCGCCCCCCUCUCCUCCAGAAACACGCCCCCUGCCAUACAGACCCCGCCCAUGCUGCAAUGCCACGCCCACAUUGCGAACAACAUCCGUACCUUCCUCAGCUCCCCAGAACAUCAGCGGUGCCUCUUCUGAUCUGAGAUCAGCGUUUGGGAGCGGAGGAGGACAUUCAGACGAGGUGCAGAAUGCUAGUCCUUGGUCCACCUUAGAGCAGGGAUGGGCAAACGUCUGCUCCUCGAGGGCUGAGAACUGCUGGUUUUCCACCCUCCCUUUACCUGGGAGUCAGGUGUGUGAAGACGGUCUGGCCAGUCAGUAGCACCAAUUCCCCGGCAGAAAAGAAAUCCAGGACUGGAUAUGGAUUCGUGGGCCAGAGUUGAUGAGUUGAUCCCUUCCUUAGAACAUGCUGUGCUGGCACUGGCUAUUGAAUCUCAUCCUUCUAGCACGUUGCAAUAGUCCUCCAUUUUGGGCAGAAGGGACAGGCACAUUCAUUUCCAACCAGGACUCGCACCCUCUAUUCUUUGCCGUUGUCGUGGGGAUGAAAUGGAUGCUGACCCAAGAAUUUGAGGCUGGACUCGAAAGGGAAUCGCUGACAAUCACAUGUUUCACAAGUCAUUUUCCUGCAGUGUUGGUCUGCAUAAGUUCUUUUCAAACAGUAGGGUACUGUUUUUUUUUGUUUUGUUUGUUUUUAUUCUGGUCUUUCUUUGUUAUUUAGAGGUAAAGUCUACUUUUCCGACCUGCAGUAUAUUAAAGGUGCAGUACGGUCGCCUCACAGCUGGUCUGCCGCUCGGUCCUGCAGUUAUAGCCGACGGGUUUGUCCUUCGUUUCACUUUCUCUGUGAUCUCUCCCAGAGCUGCCUGGCUUGACAUCCAAGGACCCCCCCCCCCCCUCUCAGGAUGCAGUGCUUUGCUGUGUGACCUCUGUGGCUGUAGAUUUAGGAGCACAAUCCUAAGCGCAGAGACAAAUGGCAAUCAUUAGCAUAGCAUAGCAAUGUAUUCAGAACAUUCUUGUGGCCUUUGUCAGAACAGUGUCUUGAAAUGCCUGCAGCCAAUACUCCAAAGCCAUACUAUGCACUCAGUGAGCGCUUCAUUAGGUAUUUAUUAGACUUUCCUUUUUCUUUUUUUUCCACUUAUUGGUCUUCUGCUGCUGUAGCCCAUGGUGUUCAGUGUUGCUCUUCGGCAUUCCACUGUUGUAAUGUGUGGUUAUUUAUGUUACUAUCACCUUCCUGUCAGCUUGAACCAGUCUGGAUAUUUUCCACUGACUUAUCGCAUUCACAAGGCAUUUUUGCACACACUGCCACUCACUGGAUGUUUUUGUUUUUUUGCACCAUUCUCUGUAAACUAUAGAGACUGUUGCACAUGGAAAUCUCAGAUUUCCCAGUUACUCGAACCAGCCCGCCUGGCACCAACAGUCAUUCCACGGUUGGAAGUCACUCGGAUCACCUUUCUUCCCCAUUCUGAUGUUUGGUCUGAAUAACCAUGGCCAUGUCUACAUGCUUUGCUGCCACAUGAUUGGCUGAUUAAGUAUUUGCAUUAACAAGCUGGUGUAAAAGCUGGUCUACCUAAUAAAGUGGUCACUGAGUGUGUAUAUGUAGUUUCACAUUUUGUGGGACAAGCUGAAAUAUCAGCCCAUUUAAUACAGUAUCUAUCUGGAAUUUCGCUCACGUCCACAUCUCUCGCAUGUCCGUAGGACGGAGAGUUAGCCGUCAUUCAAACUUUCCGCUCCCACGCCCUAACGCUGCGGUGUGUGUAUAAAUGUGUAUAUGUGCUGCAGUGCUCAGAAUGCACAGCGGUGACUCACCCAGCCAGAGUGUUACUGUAACCAGUAGUAUUUAGAGCGCGUGGCUCAGCAGGCCCUUACAAUUAAUGCAGUCAAGUUUAUUUCAGAAAUGAUUUCUGCCCUUGUGUCGCAAGCAUACCCAUUGCCUGUAUCGGUGGCAAUAUUUUCAUUCCUCAAAAGUUUUCUGGUAACUGAAGUAAGAAGAGUGUAAGAAUUGGGGAAACUUGCAUUUGUCAGAAUUCAGGACAAGGUAAAAUUGUAUAGCACACACACAGCAGUAGGUGUGUGCGUUUGUGUGAGUGUGUAUUCAUGUAUAAAUAUCAACUUAAUAUUUCUUUGCUCAGUGUCAUCCUGAUUUAUAUUAUUUUAUAAAUAAUUGCCAUAUGUUUAUAUGUUAAACCCUAUUACUGUUUAUUUUUGUAUCACAACCUGUUUGCGUAUGCUAGUUUAGAAGUGUCUUAUUUUACAGCAGUUGCUAUGGAGGUGGUUAGUAGACAUUCUGCUUUUUUCCAGUAAAUUAAUUUUACUUUGAAACACACUUACUGCUUUGGAAUGGGACUCAGAUUCUUUACAUGGUAAGAGAUUCCUCAUGGGUUUGAGCCAAAUCCUUCUCUUCAUGCUUGGACCUUUCAUUUUAUUUUAAGACCAAACGAAUAGUCUACUUUCCAGGAUUGAGGUUAAUUAAAUGCUACUGGAUUCACCAUAUUUGCAGUGAUGAUUUAUAUACUUAUAAAGCGUGGAAUGUCAGUGGAUAAUUGGUGGAAAGCCCAUUUUGGGACCAUGUUGAAUGCCUUAACAGUGCUCCUUGUCCACAAAUGUGCUCAGUGUUGUUGUUGGGAGUUCACCAAGUUACUUCCCUGUUAGUUCCAGUGACAACAUAGUUGACAUUCUUAGAAUGUGUCUGUGGCUUCAUGGCAACAGCUGCCCUUAGAUCUUCCUCUGGGAGAAGCACAGGCAAACAUGACACUGUGGAUUCCCACAAAACCCCAAUCAAGUGUCACAAGGACAAUAAUGUGGUCAUAUGACCUGGAGAAAAGCCAUGUAAACUGGUUGUUCGAACCCCUUCGCCUGCUCAUUGUUCCUCCGUAUCAUUCCCACUUCUUUUCAGCAACACUUUAUUCAAAAGGUCCUGCAAGAGUGCUAUACAACCCCUUCAUAAGCACUACAUACUGUUGCUGAUUCAUAAAUACAACCAUAAGCAUUCAUAAGCGCGUGUGUCCCUAACUGCAAAAAGGCAUGUGGUAUGUCAGCAUUGAUGUAGCAAGUGACAUUACCAUGACAAAUCAAGUGAACUGACUCAAGGUCCUUAUGUCAGUUAUUUAUGAAUGUGCUGUGUAGUGCUUACGAAUGGGUGGUACAGCUCUUCUGUGGGACCCUUCAAAUAAAGUGUUACCUUUUUUUUUUUUUUUUUUUCAACCCAAUGGUAAAGGUGACUCCUGACUCCCAGGUGUGAAGAGGUAAAGAGGAAACCAGUGGCACAUGGUGCCUACUUCAUAUGCCCAAGUGCUUAGCUGGCUUCAGUGGUGUGCACUGUGCUUUCACAGAACCCUUGGACUGAAGUGGUUUCAUUGUGUAAGUGAUAAAUAUGGAGGAAAGUCUCUGUAAAAUGAAUUGGGACUGUGGGUUAUACAGUGUAUGCCAGCUAUACCGGCGCUGCAGAUGCCAAUGUGCAUAGCCUUUGUACGUUGUUUCAUCCAUUCCAUUAUUCUCUCUCUAAAUAAAGUGCUGGUCCUUGAGAA